CGAGCAACAUCGCAGAUACGAAGAUCGCUGCCCCCGAAAGCCGCCCGUACAUAUACAUUGCAAACGCUCGCAAGACUCAUUAACCAAGUCCAGCGCAGCCUGACAAGCGACAGGAGCUGCCCCCUCUCAGCGAAUUUCGACCCCACUUUUGGUCGAAAAAUGGCGCAGCCGGGGUCAUCAGAACAACAAACGCAUAAAGAUGAGCAAGAUACAAAAUCGAAAAAUGAGAAAAUUGAAGGAGGAACAUCCUCAUCUUCGUCUCUGGUUGACUCCGGCAGCUUCCUGGAUGAUUUCAGGAAAUGCAUUGAAGGCUUUGACCCAGCUGAUGCAGCUGUGCUGAAGAUGCAGGCCGCCCAGCAAGCUACCACUGAAGCAACAGAUGAACUCCCCAAGGGCAGUACAAAUGGACAUAAGGGUACACAAUUUGGGCACAUGCCCAAGGUCCUGGAAUACUUGAAACUGAAAGAGAAUGGACUGAAGGAGGAUGGGAAGAAAUUUGUGAGUCGGAUGGGCCCGGUGGAUGAUGAUGACGAUGAUGAAGCAGCAAUGUUUAAAGAAGUGACGAGGUAUAAUAUUGUGGAUGGUACCAUCAUGCACUGUAGAGAGCUGGAAAGGCAGGCAGGAGAAGGUAGUCAGGAUGGUGAUGAUGAUUCUGAAGACAGGCUGUAUGAUGAAGAGACUGGGUCAAUGAGCAGCCCAAGCCAACCCAUGGAAGAAGAGUCAGGAGAGAAUUUCUAUCCCUGUAAAGUAUGCAAGAAGAGGUAUAUUUCCAAAUCAAGUUUACGAAAGCACAUAUGUCGGGCUGGACCCGAAGCAGGAAAAGGUCAGCCAGCUGAAGAAAUGAAGACAGAUGAUGAAGCCAUUGUACAGUUACACCAUCCUAUCCCACUGCAGAUACCAAUUCCCAUUCCAAUUGACUUGAGAAGAGAUACAGAGAGCAAUGACAGUGAGGUCCUGGAUAUGAGGUACCAUAUUCCCAUGGCACAAUCCUUGGGUAAUGGUCACAUCAUAAGCCCUGUGACAGGAAGCAUGUUACCAACAAAUGGAGAGUUCUACACACUGACUGGAGAAGCCCUUGUCAUCAACGAAAAUGGCAACUUGGUACCAGAGAUCCAUGCUUGUCCUAUCUGCAACAUGACGUUCCAGCAUGCAAGCCAACUGAUGAGGCAUAGAAGAACACACAGCAAUGAGCGUCCUUUUGAGUGUGCAGAAUGCCACCAGGCGUUCAGAAGGAAGUGCCACUUGAAGAGACAUUGGCAGCGAAUCCACAGCGGGGAGAAACCUUUUAAGUGUGGUAUCUGUGGGAAGGCCUUCAGCGACCGGGACCACCAGAGACAACAUGAAACCAUCCAUGGACCAGAGACCUACCCUUGCCUCAAAUGCCGCAGUGUGUUUCCAACAGAAGCAUACCUUGUUGCCCAUGUAGCAGAGCAUCCUGAUUGUAAAGCAGCCUUUGCAAAAGGAGAAGAUGGCUCCCCAAAGAGGGUGCGUGGGAAACGUAAGGGAACCCCUGGUUCCUACCGGUGUGGCCUAUGUGGAGAUUUCUUCAAGAAGUUAAGGCAGAUCCAGACCCAUCAACGUGUGAGACAUCAUGAUGUAUUUGAAAAAAAGUACAAAUGCAAUAUCUGUGGAAAAGGUUUUGAUUUAAUAUCGGACUUGACACAUCACCGCCAUACGCAUGCCGCCAGAGGGAGUAAAUAUGAUGUGGACAAAGAAUCAGAAAGGCCAACGAUGCUUAAGCAGAUGCUGACAAAUGCUGCAGAAAAGAAUUCACAGAAUAAACAGGAGCUAAUGGGCAUGCUGCAGCUGUUAGAACGACGCAUCCAGCAACAGCAGAAGCAAGUCAGGAAGAUGGAAGACCAACAGGACCGCAUCUCUCAAGAGCUUGUAGACAGUACUACCACAGUAGCAACCAACAACAACUCCAUGGCCGAAUCAAUUCUUAAUAACAGCAAGUUAAGAACACUGCUGGAGAGGAGACCACUCAGUGAAUUACCAGUACUUAAGAGAGAAUGUGACCUGCAACAGGGUGGCCCAGAUCCAAAGAUGCUGCGGACCAACAGGAUGGUUCUUGAUCUCUCAAAUCCCAAAUCACCAAAGACUCCUACUUCCUUGUCAUCCCAGCCAAGAUCAUCUAAUCCUGGUAAAUCUGAUGUCACUUUUAUUGGGGAACAAGCCCCAGAAGAAGCCAACCUCCUUCAAUCCUCUGCCAUCAUGGACUUGAUGACAGGGAACAGGCACAAGUGUGAAGAGUGUGGGCUAUCUUUUCUCCUCUACUCUGACUUCCGAACACACCGUAAGAGGCAUGAGAGGGCACGAUUAGCUAUGGGUAAAGAAGAUGGCGGAGGGGGAACUGCAACUGAUAUUGUUUGUGGCAAUCCAGAAGGAGACCGCUCUCUCUGUCGGGACUGUUGCAACCAGAAUGAUUCCUCAGGGACCAAACCAACUAUGACGGUGCAUCACAAACAUGAUGAAGAUAAUGGGAGACACACCAACAAGAUCGGAAACAAGAUAUGGAACGGCAAACAUAGUUCAACAAGUAGAUAUUGUGAAAGGAAAUCUGAAGAUGGCAAAGAUUGUACUCAGUGUUCAUUACUCAGGGAUCAACUCAGCAAGGAACGAGAGGAGAAAGGUGUCUUGAGAGAGGAGGUGGAUCGUCUCAGGGAGGCCCUCGUCAACUUUGCCAAGAUGGCAUCCACCCAUCCUACCCUGGGCGCCAAUAUAGGCCAGGAGCUCACUGCCCUCUUUAAUCGCACAGUCACCAUCAAGCAAGAGAUACAGGAGCUUGUCUAGCAUUCUCUCUUGCUCUCCCGUCUCCAUUUUCCAUACAUGUUCACACUUGUGAAAGGCAAUUUUUUUAAAUAUCUGUUCCUGAUCAUUGUUCUAUUGUCAAGCUAUGCACAUUGUUGGUAAUGUUUAUUUGUGAUGUCAGGCAAUACAUUGGGCUUGCUUUUAUAUUUGCUGUUGACUGCAUAGAUGGUAUAAUGUUGAAUGUCUUGACUUAUUUUCUUUACUAUAUUUCCUCCUUAUGGUGCUUAGAUGGGUCUUGUGUAAAUUGUAUUUUUGUUAUAAAUAUCGAGGGAAGAAAAAAAACAGAAAUUUAGGCAUAUCUACAAAAAUAUUCUAAUAUGGCGAUUCUUUCCCAAAACUUGCAAACAACAAUGUGUUUAUAAUUUUCCAAUGUAUUUCUGAAAAUGAGCAGUGCUUUGUUUGAGCAAAGGUGGAGAAAGAAGGGGAGUAAAAGGGGAGUCAUUAAUUAUCUUUAUGAUGUCCAAGAAAAGGAGAGAAAUGGAGAAAAAAAAUUAUCAUGAAAUCUAUUAUGUUCAUGGUCUUAUUCCAUGUACCUGUGUUUCCAGGAGUUGGAAUGUGAAUACAGCAAAUGAUACUAAGCAAAAUCUGAAUAUUGCAAUACAGCAGGGUAGGAAAUGAUUUUUAUAUUUAAGGGCUUAGUUUUUGGCCGUAUUGGAGGUGAAUUUGGGGGCUAUUUCUUUGAUUUUCAAGGACAAAUUUUACUGCUCAUUGAGCAAUUAUGCUGUUAAAUCAUAUUUCUUUAUUCUGCUGUAUGUAGAAUAUUGACUAUCCAAAUGUUUUUGAAUAUUGUUGGUAAUAGCUCUUGGGGCAACAUGAGAAAAGAUGGUCACCCCCAAAGCAUUACAUUUUGCAAUUUUAAGGGGCGAUUUUGGCUGUCAUGAGGGUGGAAUCAGCCAUCACCCUCAUUAUGAUGCAUAAAGAUAUUUUUAACCUGUCAAUGCAUUAAUUUGCAUCCAAGUUCUUCACAAAGGUAUAGUCAUUGUAUCUUACUUGCCAUUUCUCUCCCUAUAAAAAUAGUGAGGAAGAUGGAAAGGUUAAUUGAAGAAGUAAAACAGAUUUCUACUUAUAUUUCACUUGGGGAAAUAUGUACCUUUGUGUCUUGAGGUUUUACUAUUGGAUUAAAAGUACUCAUUGAAAUAUAUUCUAGUGAAUGCAUACCCAAUAUAAAGCGUAGUCAGUACUAUUGCUUUUGUAGUAAAUUUUGAAAGAUACCACUAUUACCAUUUAGUGUGAUUAUCUUCAUCAUCAUUUCCUUUAUUACAAAUGUGUUUGUUUGAGCACAUUAUAUUAUGCUACUUUUAUCAACUUUUGUGAAAACAUAUUACUUAUUGCUUCUUGUUUAUCUCAACAUUCUAUAGAAAUAUACAGUACCAAAUUUUAGUCAGAUAAAAAUCUUAUAUUGAUGAUAAUUUAUAUAUAUCUAUAUUAUGUAUACAUCAUUGCUUUAUUGAUUAUUUGUUUUGCCAGAAAGUACAUAGCCAAGUCAGUACUAGAAUGCAUCAGAUGAUUUUGUAUGUUUUAUUUUCUUUGAUUUUUAUUUUCAGGUGAGAUUUACUGGUGAGAGAGAAAGAGAAAAAAGAGAUGAGAUUUUUAAAGUCCUUCAAGAAUUUCAUUGUGGUUGAACAGAAUGUCUGUGAAUUAUAAUACCACUUUGAAGACAUUUGUGGAUUUUUAUGUUGCUUACGAAAAACAAAGCCUUUCUAGUAUCUCUAACAUCCCUCUUAGGAUGUUUUGAUUACGCAGGCAAUCUUCUUUCUAUUUAUUUUGUAUUUCUUUGUAACGUCAAAAUUAGUUUUUAAGAGGAGCAGAUCAACAUGAAGAAUGUUCUUAAAUCUUUCAAUUGAUUUUCUUAUCUUAUAUCGUAGUAGCAUAGUUUUUCUAAUAUGCAUUUCUACAGUUCAUAUCAGGGUGUCUUUAUACUUUAUCAGAUUAAAAUGAAUAUUAAAAGUAAGAAAAGGACAAUAUUCGCUCAACCGAAUAUUCUUCAUUAUCAUGAGGAAAAACAUAUAAAGUUAUGUUGUGAAGAAAAAUUUUCAUGUUUGCUGUGACACACAAUUUUUUUUAUAUGCAUUCUAAGCAAUCUCAGUGCAACUUCACAUUUGUUUAACUAAAAUCAACCUAAUCUCUUUAUUACAAGAUAUAAGACCUCUCAAUUCUGCUUAUUUUCUUCUACAUGCAUCCUCUCUUUCCCCUUUGUAACUAUGCAAAAAGAACCAGUUAUACCAUAACACAAAAUAAUUAUAUACUUUAUGCCAAUGACCAAUCAAGAUUAUUGCAUGCAUACUGACUGACCAGGAACCAAUCAAUUUCAUUUAUUGUAAUUACAAUCUACUACAUAUGUCUGUGUUACAAGGCCGAGGAAAAAGAAAAUUUAAUCUUUUCCUUCAAAACUGUAACAAACUUCAGUCUCUUCCAAAUAAACAGGCAAAAAGAAAAACAUUUUCCUUUAAAUGAAGUAAAACAGACAACUGAUUUAUUUGUUAGCCAAUUAAGGUACCAACAGAAAAAAAAUUGUCUUAAUUGCUGUCUUGUUUUGAAUGUUACUGAUUUUAUGAUUUUGAUGUUUAUGAUAACAUGGAAGCCGAACAAGGACAAAAUCCCUCCCACCAGGCAACAUGGACAAAUAAGAUUACCUGGUAUUUUGUUUGAAAAAUGAACCCAUUUUUUUUAAUGGGAAAUAAAGAUGUUAGAUAUGUUAUUAGGAACUGUUGGAAAACAUAAACACACAAAAAAGCAUACAAGAGCCUUGUGCAUGC